AUUCAGAAACAUCAGCCAAAAACACCCCAUACUCUCUAUAUACCAAUAGCAAUAAUAUUAUCAUCUACAUAUUCUCUUAGCUUGCAACUGUCAUCCAACUGGACACUGCCUUUUAUUGGAUGUUUUUGUUGUUUGCUUAAGGGAAAAAGGGAUUUGUUUUGAUCUUCUUCCAUUGUUUGUUUCUUGGACUGCAAAGAAGAUGUCAACUACUUGUAUAAGCAACAAGAACUUCAACUUAUCUAUAAAAAUGGAAGAAGAAACAAUAGCACCACAAUUGAGUAAACCACCAACAAUACCUUUGUCUAAGGCAAGUAAAGUGAAACAAGGCAUAGUGUCAAUUCUUGGAUCAGAAUCUGAAAGAGGAAAAUCAAGUGCACCCUCAAUUAGAAGAACCUUUUCAGCUGAUAUGUCCUCUAAACAAUGGCUAGCACAAAAUGGAUUUUUUUCUUCUAUGAAAAGAAUUGCUUCAUCAAAAGAUCUUGCUGUUAUUUCUGCUGCUGAUCGUUCUUCCUCAGUUGAUGUUUGGAGCUCAAUUUUGUCGAAAAAGAAAGAUGAUCAUGACAUGUCGAAUCUUGAAACUCCUUAUAUUCACCCUCUUGUUAAAAGAUCAGCUAGUUCUUUGAGUGAAAAAAGUCUUGAAAUUUGCACUGAAAGUCUUGGAUCGGAGACUGGCUCUGAUAGCUUUUCCUCCUACACUCCUUCUGAAACCGGAGAUGCAGUAGAGGAGGAAAAAGACGAACAACAACAACAACAACAAUACGGCUCGGAAUCCUUUGAGGAAUUCCGAGCUGUAAAAUAUAAUUAUAGCAAGAAAUCAUCUUCUUUUCCUAAAUCUUUUCCUCCUGCAAUUCCUUCCUUGGCUAAUGGGGAAAACAAGCCUUCUCUUCACAUGCAAUCUCGACGUGAAGAUGGUAGACUGAUUCUUGAAGCUAUUUCGGCUCCCUCUCGAAAUCUUUUCCAUGCCCAUCGCCAUGAUGGUCGCCUUCUUCUCACCUUCAUUGAUGAUUGUACUCCUAAUUCAUCAUCAAAACCGGAGAUGGAGGAUUACAGAGAAGACUUUGAUGAAGUGUUCGACGAUAUUGAUGAUCAAGCACCUCAAUUUGAUGACAAGAGUAUUGAUUGUCCUGAACAAGAAGAAGAAGAGAUAGAAAAUGAGAUCAUUGUGAUGGAGCAAAAGCCAAGAUUAUCAAGUGGGUUGAUAAAUAUGAAGAAUCUUGUACCAUGGUCUAACAAGUUUAAUAAAGUUGUCAACUUAACGAGUUCUAUAGGUUCAACUGAACUGGUGGAGAAGCUAAGUGAGAUAACCACAAUUCCUCAGUCACUCCUAACUCAGCUAAUCCCAUCUCCUCCACCACCGACCGCUGCCUCGGGCUUGGCAUCUUUCAAUGCCUAUGAGUAUUUUUGGAGGAAGAAGCCAACAGUUGCAAGCAUUGCCAACAGUCCUACAAUUGCAAAAAAAGGUAACAACUUUCUUGCAACCAAUAGUACUGCUAUCAAUGCCAAGAGUACAACAAACAUAGCAGCAUAUGAGCAGCAAGAUAUGGUGUUAAUGAGAGGGAAAUACAAAGAAAAUAUGAACUAUUUGGUGCCUUUGCAAAGAGGAUGCAAAGAGUCAAGGAGGUCUUUACUAAUUUGGGAGCCUUAUUGCAUUGCCACCUCCUGAUAUUCAUCAUCAAAAAGAUCAAUUCUUUAAUCCUAUCCUAAUCCAAUUACUAAUUAACCAUUGAAAUAAAUAUAUUUAACUAUGUAAUAUUAUAGUAUGUAUUAGUAAGAUUGUAAUUUUCCUCUUUGAGUCAUGACAAGUUUUUACUCUUUUUGCCAAAGAAAGAGUUUGGUGUAACCAAAUAACAAAGAGAGAUAUCAUUGCUUUAUAUACAACCAUCAGAUUUUGUGCGA